AUGGGUAUCAACGCUACCGUUGCAGCUGUCAAGGACUACUUGAAGCCUCCGAAGACCUUGUCUGCUGAUGAACUAACCGCUCGAGCUGAUCAGACCAUACUUGAGUCCGAAUCAACAAAAAGCGAGGAUGCCCAACCCAAGGGCAAGAACAAUGCAGCUUCUAGUGGCGGGCUUGAAUGCACCGUCAAGAAUCUUUACAUGGACAAACGAGGGCAAUGGACCGACAAAUAUCCCUACUUCGUGAAGAAUCCACCUGAGAAUCAGCAGACGAUUUCGCACGCUGUCAUUGUGCGUAACAAGCGAAGCACAGACUCGCGAAAGAAGUUUGAGAUCGAAUCGAUCGUGGUGCAAAGCCCAUUGCUCAAACGCGCAUUGCAUGGCAUUUUCACAGGCUAUCCCGGGAUCACCACAGACCUCGAACGUCUCGAGUUCAAGGCCCCUUUUCCACCAUUCGUCCACAGAUGGCGCGAAUUUGAACAAGCGACGGUCAAUGAGACCGAUCUUGCAACCAAGCAACACCUGGCACUUUUAUGGAACAUCCUAGAAGUCGAUCUUAAGGACAAGCUUCAGAAGAUGAAGGACUAUGCUCGCCACAACAUCAUUGAUGCCGAACUUCUGUGGACUCUGUUUGAGCCUGAUUGCCUUGUGCUCAGUUCCAAAGACGGAAGCGAGCGACUAUAUCGUUGUUUGAAAGUGGAUACGGAAAACAAUGAUUGCUGUACAAUAGAGGCUCAAUACGUUGACUGGGACGGUGAGCGCUUCGGAACGGCCAUGACGUCUCUUGCUUUACCCUCGUUCCGGGGCACCAAGCCUCUAACACGGUUGAAUGCUAUGCCUCUAUCGCGCCACCCUAACAAAACGGACAUCGAGCAACGAAUCUUGCAGCGUGGCAAGACUUUUGAAAGUCUACGGGGAUAUCACUUCAAAGCCUAUGAUGGACUUGGACAGCAAGACGUCGACGGACAGGCGGCUCGAUACAACGUGCAAGGUCGUAUCAUCAUAGACACCGCUGCGUACAAUCUUUUCAACCCCAAUUCCCAAGUCCAAGUCAGCAGCUUCCAGACCAAGGGAUCUAACAACGAGAAGGGCGGAAGCAGGAACCGCCCGCUCAGUCGCGAGAACCUCCUUUUGAGCAGGGACACCGUGCGAGCAUACUCUCUGAAAGACAAGAAGUGGCUCUCUGUCUUCAUCAAUGACGUUACUGAAGUGGCUUGGGACGACGCCGCAUUUGACUCCUUGGUUUUGAAUGGAAAUACCAAGGAUCUCAUCCUGGCCUUCGCCGAGAGCCAAGUCAAACGUCAACCCACAUUUGAUGAUGUUAUCAAAGGCAAAGGUCGUGGGACCAUCAUGCUCUUAUCCGGGCCUCCAGGCGUCGGCAAAACACUUACCGCAGAAUCUGUGGCCGAAGUCAUGAAAGUACCCCUGUACAUGCUCUCGGCGGGCGAUCUCGGCACCGAUCCCGUGGAGGUCGACAAGACACUCAACAGAACCUUGGAGAUGACGACCAAAUGGCGCGCCGUGCUCCUCCUCGACGAAGCCGACGUCUUCCUCCUCUCCCGCAACGCGCACGAUCUCGAGCGCAACAAGCUCGUCUCCAUCUUCCUGCGCGUGCUCGAGUACUACGAAGGCUUCCUCUUCCUGACCACGAACCGCAUCCAAGACAUCGACGCCGCAUUCGAGUCGCGCAUCCACCUGUCGCUGCAAUACGAAGACCUCGGGCCCCAAGGUCGCAAGCAUGUGUGGAAGAGCUUCCUACAGACCUGCGAGACGGCUCAUGGCGAGUUCUCGGACGAGAAAUUGCGCGUGCUCGCCCAGCACAAGUUGAAUGGCAGGCAGAUUAAGAAUGUCGUUAAGCCGGCGCUGUUGCUGGCCGCCAGACAGAAUCAGCCGUUGAAGUUUGAGCAUGUCGAUACUGUGCUGCAGAUUAAGGCUGCCAAUGCGUUCUCGUAUGCGAAGAUGGUGCCCGUGGAUGCUGUUGAGGGUUGA